UUGGCCAUGCAGAUGUUAUCGAACUAGUUGAGAUUCUUCUUGGUUUUCUAAACUCUUGCAUGUGAUGACUACGAUGACCACGGAACUGGAGAGAAGCAAGCUGCUUCGCGAGAUCGCAGUGCGUCCAUCGAUCUGGGACACCCGCAUCAACUACGCCCAGCGCCGGCCGGACAUCCUCACCGACUGGGCGGAGGUGUCCCAGGCGAUGGGCUUGAACAUGGACGAGUGCAAGCGGCGCUGGAAGAGUCUGCGGAGCAACUACCGCGUCGAGGUGCAACGUGGCGAUGCCUGGCGCUGGCGUCCCUCCUUGGACAUGGAGUUCAUGCGCGACGUUUUCCUGCCACCCAAACCCAGGACUCCAACGCGUAGGCUUCGAAGUGGCCGUGUGAAGAAACCCCAGCGAGAAGCACAGCAUCCACAGUCCAACGUCCAAACGGAGUCCUAUUACACAUCGUUCUUCGCCGAUGGUGGCAUCGAGUUCGAGGCGGAGGAGCGGCUCUUCGUGGUGAAGGAGCAGCCGACAGUGGGCGUGGAUAUGGACGAGGAGGCGGCCAGACUGCUGGGCACCGACAAGUGGCUGUGGAACACCAACCUGGAUCUCAUACUGACACUAGGUAGGGCACCCCUGCCCGUUUAUCCAGCGCCACCGCCAUCCAUGUAUGGCGAAUCCAACGAAUCAAAUCACAACUUCCUGGUGGGCUUGGUGCCCAUGCUCCGAUGCCUGAGCAAUCGCUCCAAGGAGCGCUUUCGCAUGUGGACACGCCGUGUGCUGCGCGAGCUGCUCAUCGCGGAGAAGAAGCUGCUGACUUGAUUGAGGAAACUCUUGUGGUUUCCAUGCCAUUGAAGUUCCUUGCGUUGUCACUGCCACGAAACUGAUAUAUUCUAUA